AGCAUUGGUGGAUAGGAGAAGAGCAACUGACAUCAUCUACCUGGACUUUUGCAAAGCAUCUGACACCAUCCUCCAUGAUAUCCUUGUCUCUAAAUUGGAGAGACAUUGAUUUGAGGGAUGGACCACUUGGUGGGUAAGGAAUUGGCUGGAUGAUCACACUCAAAGAGUUGUGGUCAACAGCUCAACAUCCAAGUGGAGAUCAGUAAUGAGUGGUGUUCCUCAGGGGUCGGUAUUGGGACCGGCGCUGUUUAACGUCUUUGUCAGUGACACGGGCAGUGGGAUCGAGUGCACCCUCAGCAAGUUUGUUGACGACACCAAGCUGUGUGGUACAGUCAACAUGCUGGAGGGAAGGGAUGCCAUCCAGAGGGACCAGGACAGGCUUUAGAGGUGGGCCUGGGCAAACCUCACGAUGUUCAACAAGGCCCCUCCAGUGCAAGGUCCUGCAUCUGGGCUGAGGCAACCCUAAACACAAAUAUAAACUGGGAAGAGAACGGAUUGAGUACAGCCUUAAAAGAAGGAGCUGGGAGUGUUGGUUGAUGAGAUGCUCAACAUGAGCUUCCAAUGUGCACUUGCAGCCCAGAAAGCAAACCAUAUCCUUGGGCUGCAUCCAUUAGGACACGACGACACUGUGACCCACUGAUUUCCUAAGGGUAUAGCUGUAUAUAACUUGCACAUUCUAAAAAUCCUUAUUCACAGGAAAUCCUACAUCAUCAGCGCUCAGGCAGACCACACACCUCCCCAGGAGGCUUCACAAGUGCAGAAGUGGCUCCCAAACCCGGAACUGGCUUCUUCACCUCAGCUGCUCCCUUGGCUGCCCAUCCUUGCUUGGGCCCCCAGCAGUUCCCACACAUCCAAACUCCUACACUUUGAGCAAGCCCCACACCUCAGUGGAAACAGAUCUGAGAGAAUGGAGGGCGCUCGCAGAAGGGAAACUGCUUGCACAACUGGUUGCAAAGUUACAUAAAUGUGUCCUUGGAAAAUCGUCCCUUCCUCACACGCUCUUCUCGGUACCCAGGGGAAAACAGCUGCGAUACCACAGAGAGCUAAGAUUUACUCCAAAAGGCCAGGCGUGUUUAUUCACCAUAGCAUGUUUUCAGGGUCUUCUUUCCUUCUGUAAUUAUUAAUCCUUUCACAAAUAGCUGGGGGUGAGCUGCUGCCCGGCCAAAGGUUGCCCCUUGGCAAGGAGUGGAAGCCCGAGCGGUGCUGUGAGUCUCCUCCCUCCACCCCGGCCACCAGCACCUGGAGGCUGCACCUUUCAGGGGGCACAGGGGACUCCCUGCUCGCAGGGGAACCUCCCGCUCUCCGGCGAGCUCCGGUCCCUCGCCAGGACGCCCGCCGCGCUCCCUGCUUCACCCUUCAGCCGCAGCCGCGGGGCCAGGAGCGCUCGGGGCCUCGACGCGAGGUGCAGGUCCGGCCAGACAGACGGCAGCUCACCUCCAGCCUGCGCCGCUGCCAGCUCCUCUCGCACCACAUGGCCACUUCUGGAAAAGUUAUCCGAUGCAGAGCUGCUGUUGCCUGGGCAGUGGGCAAACCACUCUCUCUCGAGGAGGUGGAGGUUGCACCUCCAAAGGCGCGUGAAGUCCGUGUCAAGAUAGUGGCCACAGGGAUUUGUCGCACAGAUGACCACGUUCUGGGAGGUGACUUUACUGAUAUAGAUUUCCCAAUCAUCCCUGGCCAUGAAGGAGCUGGGAUUGUGGAGAGCAUUGGAGAAGGAGUGACCUCUGUGAAACCAGGAGACAAAGUCAUCCUCUUUGGCCUUCCUCAGUGCGGGGAAUGCUGCUUCUGCAAGAAUCCUGACUCCAACUACUGCCUGAAGUCACACCUCUCCGUGUCGCAGUGCCUGCUGCCCGACAAGACCAGCAGGUUCACGUGCCGAGGGAAACAGAUCCACCACUUCCUCUGGAUCAGCACCUUUGCAGAGUACACUGUUGUGCCGGAGUUCACCCUUGCCAAGGUAGAUGCUGCUGCCCCUCUGGACAAAGUCUGCUUGCUGGGCUGCGGUUUCUCCACAGGCUACGGGGCUGCCAUCAACACCGCCAAGGUAAAACCGGGCUCCACCUGCGCCGUCUUCGGCCUCGGAGGAGUUGGCCUCUCCGUUGUCAUGGGCUGCAAGGCGGCCGGGGCUUCUCGCAUCAUCGCCGUUGAUAUCAACAAGGAGAAAUUUGCCAGGGCCAAGGAGCUGGGAGCCACCGAGUGCAUCAGCCCUCGGGACUUCAAGAAGCCUGUUCAGGAGGUGCUCACCGAGAUGACCGGGUACGGCGUGGACUACUCCUUUGAGGUCAUCGGGACAGCUGAUACCGCGGCUGCUGCCCUGGCCUCUUGCAAUAUGAACACUGGUGUCUGCGUGGUGGUUGGAGUAUUACCUUCUGGUUCAGUGGUUCCCAUCGAUCCUUUGCUUCUGCUAAGUGGCCGUACCUGUAAAGGGACUCUGCUUGGAGGCUGGAAGAUGAGAGAUGCCAUCCCCAAACUAGUCUCCAGCUAUCUGGAGAAGAAAUUUAACUCUGACUUGCUGAUCACGCACACGCUGCCGAUCGCUAAAAUCAACGAGGGCUUUGAAUUGUUACGCGCGGGCAAAAGCGUCCGCACCGUCCUGCUCUUCUGAGGGACGCGGCCGAGGGAGGACGAGCGCGGUCAGCAGCCCAGCAGGCCCUCGUGGCGCAGGCCCUGCUCUCCCACCGCCUCCCUGCGCGGGGCACAAGGAGAUGAGCACGAGGACCUCGACGGCUCUGGUGCUGCUGCCUGUGCUCUCACGCCCUGCGAGAGCUGCAACGCCACCUCUCCCGAGGAAACACGUGCACAAAUAACAGCUUUCUUCAGACGCUCCCACGCAGUGCUGUGAACAGCAGGGGCCCCAGGGGGCAGGAGGAGCUCUGCCUUGCACCCCAGGCCCCGCCAUCUCACCCCUCUUCUCUGCACUGGGCAACUUCCUUUGCCCCCUCCCCUGCUGAUGCCUCCGAGCUGUAAACAUCUUGCAUGCAGACACAGCGAGCACCUUGCAUGCUGAUGCAUGAAAUGCCUUGCACGCUCACGCACCACAUGCCUUGCACGCUGACAUAGCAAAUGCCUUGCAGACUGACACGCCAAAAUGCCUUGCAUGCUGAUGCACCACAUGCCUUGCACGCUGACGCACAAACCAGCUUACUUAACAUCUUGCAAGUUUGUUAAAAACUGCUGUGGGGGAGAUAAAAUAAGUAAAUAAAGAGUAUCAAAGUAAUUAAAUCACUUGAAAACAGAGCUCGGA